CUUCGUCUUUGCUCUCUCCUUAAGGCGACGGUCAGAAUUUGGUUACCGAAGACGUGACGGUGGUGGAGGGAGACGUCGCCACCAUCAGCUGCCGAGUCAAGAACAGCGACGACUCGGUGAUUCAGCUCCUGAAUCCCAACAGACAAACCAUUUAUUUCCGAGAUUUCAGACCGCUGAAGGACAGCAGGUUCCAGCUGGUGAACUUCUCCAACAGCGAGCUCCGAGUGUCCUUGACGAACGUCUCCAUUUCGGAUGAGGGAAGGUACUUCUGCCAGCUCUACACCGACCCCCCCCAGGAGAUUUACACCACGAUUACUGUGCUCGUCCCGCCGCGCAACCUGGUCAUUGAUAUCCAGAAAGAGGUGGCCGUUGAGGGAGAAGAGAUCGAGCUGAACUGCACUGCCAUGGCCAGCAGACCAGCCACCACCAUCAGAUGGUUCAAAGGCAACAAGGAGCUCACCGGCAAGUCGGAGGUGGAGCAGUGGUCCGACAUGUACACGGUGACCAGCCAGCUGGUGCUGAAGGUGGGACGGGAGGACGACGGGGUCCCUGUCGUCUGCUUGGUGGAUCACCCCGCCGUCAAAGACCUGCAGACGCAGCGUUACCUCGAAGUCAUGUCAACCUACUUAUCUCUUUGGAAGGUGCUUCUCUACCGCCACGUCAAAGCGACCGGCCACUGCUGCCAGUUUACUGGCCGAGGCUUGGUGCUGUGCGGGAGAAACUCGGUGUUGCGCCUUGUGAACCUACAGCAGCACCUGGUUUUCUACAUCAGAGUGACCCGAGUCGUGGGGAACCUGUCAUAG